GAGUAACUAGCACUAAAGGCACGUACAUCGAAACCUUGCAUGGGGGCGCUGGAGAAUCUGACUCCUGAGGAGAAGGUUGUCUAUGAGUUGCUUCGAUCCGAACUCUCGGCGAUCAUGGACCAGAAAUUGAAGGAUCAACAGGAUUCCAUGUUGAAGGCCGUGACGAGUUUGGUGGCCAACGCAACCACCAAAAUCGACUCCGCCGCUACUCGCUUGGAGGCCAUGCGCACCGAAUUCGGCGCUGAUAUUGGAGAACUGCGCCUGUAUCUGUAUCGGCUGACCACUACCGCCGAUGUCGCGCUCAAGGGCAGGGGCACCAGUUCAUCGGAGGAGCCGGCAGCGCCUGCUAAGCCGGAGGAGUCCCCAGCUCCGACGAAAUCCCCCGAGCUCUAUAUUCCGCCCCAUGCCAAAGAUCUACAUCGUGUUCACGGCGAGGCAGCCGGCGCCGGAGACGCUGUCGGAGUCGGCCGCCCGCGCGAGGAUAGAGUCCUUCCACCACGGCUUGCUCAGCGACGCUCUAGAUGACGGCGGCGGCGGCGGCUCCGGUGCGCCGGAGCGAGUCGUGUACCACUACACCAGGAGCCUGCACGGCUUCGCGGCCAGGCUCACCCAGCGGGAGAAGAACAAGCUCGCCGCCAUGGACGAUGUCCUGUCGAUCCACGAGAAGGCGACGUACCACCCGCGGACGACGAGGUCAUGGGACUUCCUGGGCCUGCCGCGGCACAACGACCCCAAGAGGCUGCUUUUCGAGAAGGACGUCAUCAUCGGCAUGGUGGACAGCGGCGUGUGGCCUGAGUCCGAGUCAUUCUCCGACUCGGGCCUCCCGCCGCCGCCCGCCAAGUGGAAAGGCGUCUGCUCCAGCAACUUCACCGCCUGCAACAACAAGAUCAUCGGAGCACGGGCGUACAAGGACGGCGUGACGACGCUUUCGCCGCGGGACGACGACGGGCACGGCACGCACACGGCGUCGACGGCGGCUGGCCGGGCGGUGCCGGGCGCGAGCAUGGGCGGGUUCGCGGGGGGCACGGCCAGGAGCGCGGUGCCCGGCGCAAGGCUGGCCAUCUACAAGGUGUGCUGGGGCGACGACGGGUGCUCCACGGCCGACAUCCUCAUGGCGUUCGACGACGCCGUGGCGGACGGUGUGGACGUGCUCUCGGCGUCCGUGGGCAGCGACUUCCCGGCCGACUACGCGGACGACCUCAUGGCCGUGGGCGCGUUCCACGCCAUGCGCCGUGGCGUGGUCACCUCCGUGGCCGCCGGCAACGACGGGCCCAGGCUGGGCGCCGUCACCAACGUGGCGCCGUGGGUGCACUCCGUGGCAGCAUCCACCACGGACCGCAGGAUCGUCAGCGACCUCGUCCUACUCGGCCACGGCAAGACGAUCUCCGGAAGCUCCAUCAACGUCUUCCCGGGGAUCGGGGGCCGCUCCGUGCUCAUCGACCCCGGGGCGUGCGGGCAGCGCGAGCUGAAAGGGAAGAACUACAAGGGCGCCAUCCUGCUGUGCGGCGGCCAGAGCCUAAACGAGGAAUCCGUGCACGCCACCGGAGCCGACGGGGCCAUCCAGUUCCGGCACAACACUGACACGGCCUUCUCCUUCGCCGUCCCAGCAGUUCGAGUCACGAAAUCCCAGUACGAGGAGAUCAUGGACUACUACAACAGCACCAGGCUUGCCUUGGUUUCCAUACGGAACAGCCAGGCCAGGUUUGAUGCGACGGCGCCGCGGGUCGGCUUCUUCUCGUCUAGAGGCCCAAACAUGAUCACGCCCGGGAUCCUCAAGCCGGAUAUAAGCGCGCCGGGAGUGGAUAUCCUGGCGGCGUGGCCAGAGAGCAUGUCGGUGUCCGGGAGCGCGGUCGACGACAGGCAGCUUUCGUACAACAUCAUCUCCGGCACGUCCAUGGCGUGCCCGCACGUGACGGGCGCCGCGGCGUACGUCAAGUCGGUCCACCCAGACUGGUCGCCGGCCGCCGUCAUGUCGGCCCUUAUCACCACGGCGACUCCGAUGUCAGCGUCGAGCACGCCGGAGGCCGAGCUCGCCUACGGGGCUGGGCAGGUGAACCCACUCCAUGCGCCGUACCCGGGGCUCAUCUACGACGCUGGUGAGGACGACUACCUUGGCUUACUCUGCGCGCAGGGCUACAAUGUGACCCAGAUUGCCACCAUGGCCGGCGGCGACUUUGUCUGCCCUGAGGACGGCAGGGGCUCUGUUGCUAACCUUAACUACCCGUCCAUCGCCGUUCCCAUCCUCAACUACGGCGUGCGCUUUGCCGUCGACGUGCCCAGGACUGUGACCAACGUCGGCCCGGACGACUCAGUGUACCACGCCAACGUCACCUCGGUGCCCGGCAUCGCCGUCAGCGUCACGCCCCACAAGCUGGCCUUCAGCUCAACGGAGAAGAUGAACUUCACAGUGCGCGUCUCGGGCUGGCUGGCGCCAGUGGAGGGCACACUGGGUGCGUCCGCGUCCAUCGUGUGGUCGGACGGAAGGCAUCAAGUGAGGAGCCCCAUAUACGUGUUUCCUCUGUCGGCAACGAGGGGAUAGGUGUUCUCUGAAGCUCAUAGGAAUAGGAAGUGAUUACAGUUAGUUAAACCACAGCAAUAGCAGGGCGUAUAGAUUUUCCAAACUUGUUCGAUUGAUAGUUCGAUUGUUCGGAGCAAUCAGCAAUGUACACAUAUUUAUUUCUGCUUUCUUUUCAUAUGUCAGUAUAACGCUGAGUGGAGAUAAUUCGAUGGUGCAGCUGGAAGGUCAGAACAUAUGAUUUUCAGACUCCGCAAAUAGUUUGAACAUAUCCAGCACUAGGAUUAUAGGGAAAGUAAAGCAGACGAAAAUGUUUUUUGAUACUUUCCAACUGUUCUUAGCAUGGUACCUGAAGACUAACAGCAAAAACUAGCAAAAUAACAAUCUCACAC